AUGAAGUCCAAUUCCUCUACUUUGAUCAAACUUUUAGUACUAGGAUGUCUUUCAGUUGUUUGUGUUGCAGAAGAUUUUGAUUUCUUCUACUUUGUCCAGCAGUGGCCAGGGUCAUACUGUGACACAAAGAAAAGUUGCUGCUAUCCAACGACAGGGAAGCCUGCAGCUGAUUUUGGCAUUCAUGGGCUGUGGCCAAAUUACAAGGACGGUUCAUACCCCUCAAACUGCGACCCUAGCAACCCCUUUGAUCAAUCUGAGAUUUCAGAUCUAAGAAGCAGCAUGCAGAAAGAAUGGCCAACACUAGCUUGCCCCAGCGGCAGUGGCAUAGAGUUCUGGACACAUGAAUGGGAAAAGCAUGGCACCUGCUCAGAGUCUGUGAUUGACCAACAUGGUUACUUUGCAGCAGCUCUUAACCUCAAAAAGAAAUUAAACCUCCUCCAAGCUCUUAAAAGUGCAGGCAUACAACCAAAUGGGGAUUCUUACAGCCUUGGAAACAUCAAGGACGCAGUUAAAUCUGGAACUGGUUUCACUCCAUUCAUAGAGUGCAAUGUGGAUGAAUCUGGCAACAGCCAACUUUACCAGGUUUACUUCUGCGUGGACACUUCUGGCUCUGACCUCAUUGAAUGCCCAGUUUUCCCCCAUGGAAAAUGUGGUUCACAGAUUGAGUUUCCUUCUUUUUAG